CUUGUUCAGGCGCGCGGCUCCUCUGCCGCCUUACAGCCACGAGGCCCUCGCCCUGCCAUCGUUUGCCGUGUGGAAGCAGCCAGCCCUCGGUGUCGUCACCCUGUGCCGAGGGGGCGGUGAGCGUGCGAGGCACGUGCCAGACCGGCACCGCAAGCUGCUGCACUCCGCCUGUGGCCCGCUGCCUCCCUCCGUGUUGGAGAGCAGGGGGCUGGGACAGGAGGGCCCUGCUGGAGAAGGGGUUAUGGGGCAGGAUGGUGGUGAAGGAGCUGCCACAGCUCGCUGCCCCAUCCGCUUGCCUUCCUCUGCGCGAUGGCAGGGCAGCCACGCUGCCGGUGUCCUGCCUGCGGAGCCGGCAGCACAGAGGCUCUGUCUGUGCAGGAGCACAGCCGGACUUGGCAGAGGUUCCUUUUCCCUGGUGGUGUCGGGAGGUCUGUGGUUUCCUUCCCUUCCUUCUCGGACGCUGCAGCUCACUUCUCCUUAUUGUUUCCUUGCAGGCUCGUCUCCGGUUUCCCAUUGACUACCCCUAUUCUCCUCCUGCCUUUAGGUUCUUAACCAAAAUGUGGCACCCCAAUAUCUACGAGACCGGCGAUGUCUGCAUCUCCAUCCUCCAUCCACCCGUGGACGACCCGCAGAGCGGGGAGCUGCCAUCUGAGCGGUGGAACCCCACCCAGAAUGUGCGGACCAUUCUCCUGAGCGUGAUCUCGCUGCUGAAUGAACCCAACACAUUUUCUCCAGCCAACGUGGACGCCUCUGUGAUGUACCGCAAGUGGAAGGAGAGCAAGGGGAAGGACCGGGAGUACACGGAUAUCAUCAGGAAGCAAGUCUUGGGCACGAAGGUGGACGCUGAGCGGGAUGGUGUGAAGGUCCCCACCACGCUGGCGGAGUACUGUGUGAAGACCAAGACUCCAGCCCCGGAUGAGGGCUCAGACCUCUUCUAUGAUGACUAUUAUGAGGAUGAUGAGAUGGAGGAGGAAGCAGACAGCUGUUACGGUGAUGAGGAUGACUCUGGCAAUGAGGAAUCUUGAUGGCCCCCAGCAUUGCAGAACUUACUGUAAACUACUGAAUUUUACCUCAACUAGGACAAACUGGUUUGAAUUUAGGAUCUUUCAGCCCUGAAAUUAACUCUCUACCUCGCAGGGAGACUGUUCUGCUGUUGCAAAGAAAUCCCACCACUGUCUUUGUAGAAAAAGCAAAAAAACAAAAACAAGCCCUAUUUUAUAAACUUCCUGGGUGGGGGGACGGGUGGGGAGG